AUGGCAGCAUUAACCCUGCAAUCACACCCCGCCUCCCCCGGAGCUGCCGGCUCCUCGGCUGGGUUCCGGUGGGUUCCCCCCCCCCAGAGUGCCAUGUCCAGGCCCCCCGAAGCGACGAACAAAUCAGUCUGGGGCCGACACCGUGACUCCAUCCCCCCCCUACCCACAGCCUCCCCCCACCAGCAGCUGCAGGGGGAGGAGCCAGAUGGUGCAUGGGAGAAAGUGAUGAGAGCUCCUCCCCCUUGUCCUCAACCCCGCCCCUCCCAUCCCCUUUCACCAUUGCAAUCCUGUCCCACCAAUCUAGUCCCUCACUCCAACCUCACCAAUCACCUUCCUUCCCGCCCCUGCUCCCCACCAAUCACCUUCCUUCCUGCCCCCACUCCCAAUCACCUUCCUUCCCUUGUCCCGCUCCCAUCCCACCAAUCACCUUCCUUCCCUUGUCCCGCUCCCAUCCCACCAAUCACCUUCCUUCCCGCCCCUGCUCCCCACCAAUCACCUUCCUUCCCUCAUCCUGCUCCCAUCCCACCAAUCACCUUCCUUCCCGCCCCUGCUCCCCACCAAUCACCUUCCUUCCCUCAUCCUGCUCCCAUCCCACCAAUCACCUUCCUUCCUACCCCCACUCCCAUCCCACCAAUCACCUUCCUUCCCUCGUCCCGCUCCCAUCCCACCAAUCACCUUCCUUCCCGCCCCUGCUCCCCACCAAUCACCUUCCUUCCCUCGUCCCGCUCCCAUCCCACCAAUCACCUGCCCCAGAGCACUCUCUGGGUGGGAUCCCCUUUUCCUCCUCCCCCCGCCCCGGCACUGAUUCCCGGGGUGGCUCCAUCGGGGCUGGGGGCGUUUGGGGGCCUGCGCCCCCUGGCCCCGCGGCUGGAGCUGGGGGCUCCUUUCCUUUGCGCCCGGCGCCACGUUUAGUGCAUGCUCCUGCGGCCGAAGGGGGGGACCCGGGCACCGCGCUGGGCACCGCGCCGGGCACCGCGCUCACCUAGGGCUGCCGCCGGCCUGCCCCACGGGGCCAGCUUCAUCUCCACUCGUUUCUCCCACAGGCAUUUUUUUUAAAACCGAAUCAAAUGGCCUAGCUUUUCUAGUAGGGACGGGAUAACGCCUGUGGGGGGCGGGGCCCUCCGGCCUUUGGCGAGGGGGCACCUUUUCAUAACUUUUGCUGGAUUACUUUACAACUAAACACAGAGAUUGUUAUAAAUAAAAUUUUUAAAAACUGA